AGAUAUCAACGAAUGUGCCAGCAAUCCCUGUUUGAAUGGAGGAGCGUGUAACAAUUUACUUGACAGAUUCACCUGUGACUGUGUUGAUGGCUAUAAUGGGAUUAGGUGUGAAUCAGAUAUCAACGAAUGUGCCAGCAAUCCCUGUUUGAAUGGAGGAGCGUGUAACAAUUUACUUGACAGAUUCACCUGUGACUGUGUUGCUGGCUAUAAUGGGAUUACGUGUUAUUCAGAUAUCAACGAAUGUGCCAGCAAUCCCUGUUUGAAUGGAGGAGCGUGUAACAAUUUACUUAACAGGUUUACCUGUGACUGUGUUGCUGGCUAUGAUGGGAUUAGGUGUGAUUCAGAUAUCAACGAAUGUGCCAGCAAUCCCUGUUUGAAUGGAGGAGCGUGUAACAAUUUACUUGACAGAUUCACCUGUGACUGUGUUGCUGGCUAUAAUGGGAUUACGUGUUAUUCAGAUAUCAACGAAUGUGCCAGCAAUCCCUGUUUGAAUGGAGGAGCGUGUAACAAUUUACUUAACAGGUUUACCUGUGACUGUGUUGCUGGCUAUGAUGGGAUUAGGUGUGAUUCAGAUAUCAACGAAUGUGCCAGCAAUCCCUGUUUGAAUGGAGGAGCGUGUAACAAUUUACUUAACAGGUUUACCUGUGACUGUGUUGCUGGCUAUGAUGGGAUUAGGUGUGAUUCAGAUGAUGAAGCACCAAUCCUGAACUGCCCAAAUAUAUCUUCUACUACGGAUGAGGGACUCAAUUCAUCAUCUACUGCUGUGCUAAAUUCAACUGCAACUGAUAAUGUGGAUAUUCAUCUAGAUGUGAAAUGCUCCCAUUCAUCCCAAGAUGUAUUCCUGAUAGGGGACACCACUGUGAACUGUUCAUCUACAGAUGCUGUAGGAAACACUGACACUUGUGUUCUCGUUGUCACAGUAACAGAUGAUGAAACACCUAUCCUGAACUGCCCAAAUAUGUCUUCGACUACGGAUGAGGGACUCAAUUCAUCAUCUACUGUUGUGCUAAAUUCAACUGCAACUGAUAAUGUGGAUUUUCAUCUAGAUGUGAUUUGCUCCCAUUCAUCCCAAGAUAUAUUCCUGAUAGGGGACACCACUGUGAACUGUUCAUCGACAGAUGCUGCAGGAAACACUGACACUUGUUUUCUCGUUGUCACAUUAACAGAUGAUGAAGCACCUAUCCUGAACUGCCCAAAUAUAUCUUCUACUACGGAUGAGGGACUCAAUUCAUCAUCUACUGCUGUGCUUAAUUCAACUGCAACUGAUAAUGUGGAUAUUCAUCUAGAUGUGAUUUGCUCCCAUUCAUCCGACGAUAUAUUCCUGAUAGGGGACACCACUGUGAACUGUUCAUCUACAGAUGCUGCAGGAAACACUGAUACUUGUCUUCUCGUUGUCACAGUAACAGAUGAUGAAGCACCUAUCCUGAACUGUCCAAAUAUAUCUUCUACUACGGAUGAUGGACUCAAUUCAUCAUCUACUGUUGUGCUAAAUUCAACUGCAACUGACAAUGUUGAUUUUCAACUGGAUGUGAUUUGCUCCCAUUCAUCUGAUGAUAUAUUCGUGAUAGGGGACACCACUGUGAACUGCUCAUCUAUAGAUACCUCAGGAAACACUGAGAUUUGUCUUUUUGUUGUCACAGUAACAGUUGACUGUUCUGGUAGCAACCCAUGUCGGAACGGAGGUACCUGUGAGAACAAUGCAUGUACAUGUGCUGCAGGAUUUAAUGGAGCUUUGUGUAGUAAAGGUAAGGCUGCUGAUCCUUGCACCCAACGAAACCCGUGUGUCAAUGGUGUCUGCAGUCAUAUCGGGCAGGGACAGUACGAGUGUGAAUGCCACGAUUAUUAUGAGGGGAUCCAUUGUGAUGAACCAACUCUUCCUUUGGAGGUUUCUAUCCAUCCGUCAAGCCAGAUAGUCAACAUCAAUGCUAAUGUGGAGCUGACAUGUAGUUUCAACAAUGCCAAGCGAUACCACUGGUACAGAGAUGAUGUCCUUUUGCCCAACAGUGAAAAUCAGAAUCCUUUGAUAAUCUUGUCUGUCGCGCCCAGUGACAUCGGGUAUUACUUCUGCCGAGGCUCAGGGAGAAAUGGAGAAACUUUAGACACGAUGCCAGCAUCUGUAUAUGUCAAAGAUCUGACCAAUAUAAAAGUUUUGAAUGCUAGAUUCGCCAUUCCAUUCCGCGAUGAGCUUUAUGACCAAACUUCUAAACUGUAUAGAGAAACGGCGUUCAACAUCAGCACCUAUGUGGAGCAAGGCCUCCAAAUCUGUACUGGGUUGGAGAGCACAGUAGUAUGCAGAGCCCUAAAACUAGGAAGCGUCAAAGCUGACAUGAAUAUCUACAUCGAGCGGACCAAUAUGACGGCACUAAAAACACAAGAUCUUAUCGGUCUAUCUCUUGAGAGUCUAGCCAAUGAAUCGAACGGCUUUCUCGAUUCCAACACCAUUUCAGUUCAGGAUACCGCUAUUUGCCAGAAUAUCUCAUGGAUUUCUCCUCGAUUUGAAAGAGUCAAAUUUCACGUGGGUGAAAACGGAACAUGGUCAAAUUCAACAGGAAUGUGUCCAUUCAACACUGCUCAAGCCAAUGAACCCAUUGGACGGGCUCUGUGUAUCGGCGAUGGCAUUACCCAAAGCCAGUGGCAACCUGUGGAUAAUUGCGGACCAUUUAGAAAUGUCACAGAUAUUCUCACCGAAAUUGCACAGGUAAUCGUAGGUAAAGAAAACGCAGGUGAAGUGAGCCAGCAAGUAUCAUCUGUUACUUCCAACUUUGAAGACAUCACAUCAGAUGACAUCACAUUUGUGGCUGAUAUAACAUCAAAAAUUGUGCAGCAAAAUCUUACUAGUGAAGAGGUAACAAAGUCUAUAACGAGUAUUAUGAGCAAUAUAGCUCAGGUAAAAACAGAGGAACUUGAAGCCGCAGAGGAAGAAGGUGGGGCAAUAAGUAAAUUUGUCCAGGCUUUUGAGGAGCAAAUAAGUCGUGUUGAGGUUGCCGAUGGUGAGAUGCUCAACAUUCAGCAGCCAUAUGUAGCCGUACAGGUCCAGAGUGUACCUACUGACGACGUAAUGCGUGGUCUUGUGCUUUCGCUAGCUGGAUCCAGUCUUUCAGACCUGACCAAGGCCAAUAUUACCAUCAAUGCUCCGACCCGAGAUGACCGCAAUGACGUCAUUGCUACCAGACCAGAAAUCAUCGCUCAGGUCAACAGUCCACCUUCAGUCAGUUCAUCCGUCAUUUCGUCCACGGCCCCACUCUCAUGAUCGCCGUCGAAUGGCAGUGGUGAAUACGUCCGCGUCAUCUUCAAUGUAUUUUCAACUCCAGCCCUGUUCAUUUCUAAAUCAUUGCGCACAUUCAGUGCAGA